AUGUUAAAUCGAGUUAAAAAGUGUCGUAAGUUGAGAGGACACGUAUCCCAUGGGCAUGGUCGAGUUGGAAAGCAUCGUAAGCAUCCUGGAGGUCGUGGAAAGGCCGGAGGUCUGACUCAUCACCGAACACUCUUUGAAAGAUACCAUCCAGAUUACUUUGGUAAACGUGGAAUGUGUGUUUUCUUUGAAAGGAAGAACAAGCAGUAUAUGCCGAUAAUUUCAGUUGAUAAGUUAUGGAGUUUAGUUGAUAAGGCUGGAGCUUUUGAUGAAGCCGUUGCCGAUCAAACUAAGGUACCCGUUUUAAACCUACCAGACUUUGGAUACUUCAAGGUUGUUGGUAGUGGCAACAAGCCAAUUAUGCCAAUUGUCGUCAAGGCUCGCCAAUUUACUCCUGAAGCUGAAAGGAAGAUUGUUGAAGCUGGAGGCCAAUGUGUCCUCACAGUUUAG